UGUGUGUGUGUGUGUGUGUGUGUGUGUGUGUGUGUGUGUGUGUGUGUGUGUGUGUGUGUGUCCGUAUUGAGAGUGGGAAAUUAGAGAUUAUUACAGGAAGAGAGCGAUGGAGUAGGGUUGGGAAAUCACCCAGGCUCGCCUCCCAUGCUUCUGGUAGAAGGAGGAUUGAGCUCUUCAGAGUUUUUACUUGCUGCGCCACAGCACUCCCAAUAGUGCUGUCUGCAUCAAGACUGCCCCCUCAUGGCGUUGGUAUUAGUUACAUGUGAGUUACAUUUCAAGAAUGCACUGUAUAGCCUAGAAAUCUAGACACCCCUAGCGACUGCAAAUUGUAUGGGUCUGGCUCGCCAGGCUAACUGAAUGGUGCUUUGCAUGUUAUUUUUCAAGCUGAUACACUAUAAUUGAAUUGAUUUAUAAAUGCACCUUUUCACUGGAUGUUGAAAGGGAGAUGAGAUAGAUCAUAAUAUCUUAAUUAACCUGCAAUACCCAAAGUAUUCUGGGUGUCUUUUUUUACUUUUAGGUUGUGUUUUGUAAGGGUUUGUUGGUUGGCAAAAUUACUUGCGUUGAGACUAUGUUGGUAUGUAUGCAGAAUGGCUCAAGGUGAUUCUUUACACACACACACACACACACAGGCCAAUGAAUGAAGAAAUGCACAAGCUUUUCAUGGAGUGAAGUGCCUCGUCCUUAUGCAGGCCCUGUAGGUCCCUGUGUAGGGUCAGUAAAUUUUACAGGUAUCACAGAGAAGUAAGUUUUACUACAAGCUCAAUGAGUUCAUAUAACAUCACAUAAGGAUAAAAGUGAUGUAGUUAACCACAUACUGCUUACACACAUUACGUACAAUAGGAAUACACACAAGCAGAGAUACUCACACAUAGGGACGCUGAGGGGGGCACUUGGCUCAGGUAAGUAUUAUAUGGGGGGCGUUUCAGAUAACUUUGUCUUGGGUCCAGCCCACACACAUUCUAGAACAGGGGUGGGGAACCUAUGUCUCGAGGACCGUUUGUGGCCCUUGAGGCCGUUUUAUUCGGGCCCCGAUAUGAUUUUAAUGUUAUGUAGCUCCACAUGAAAUAUGACAUAUUUUGUAAAGUAAUCUUAGAAAAUACAUUUGCAACACAAUUAAGUUAGGUUUAGUGGACCUAGAGAAGGUGAGUUCUGUUUUAAAGGCGGCUGCCUUCAAUAUAGGCAGAAAGUGCAGGGUGAAAUCCUGGCUUGUGUUCAUAGUACGGCUUUUGGAGGACUUUUACGGCCCUCAGAUGAAUUUUAAGUGCCCCCCCUGAAUUUGAAGUUCCCCACACAGUGGGUGCAGGCGUCUAGGUACGCCCACACAGUCCCAUCCUAAAACAUGCACUUGACAAUGGCACUGCACAUCUUGAUCUAUGUGCUCAUGGUUGUGCUUUGUGAAUACAUUAUGUCUCACCAUUCUUCUGUCAAACUUGUCCUCAUCAGCCAUAAGAAACCCAUAAUUAAACCUUUCAAACAAGUAUUGUAUCCAAUGGCUCUCUACAGUUUAUGACUCAGAUAUUAUAGUGAUGCAAAAUAUUGAGUUUUAAAGUGUCAUUGCUGAAGAAACGUGGGCCUAUAGGCCUAUGCCCCAUAUUAGCGAGGUUCCAUUGCGUAGCCCUAAUAUUAGAGGGGAGUUAUUAGAUUAGCAGCCGAACAUGGUCAUGGAUGGGCGUGGGCGUGGGCCACAUAGUAUGGGUUGUUUUUAUAUCCAGCUGUCCACAACCUUCACUCCUUGCUUGGACGACGGCAACAUGGCGAAAGCCAUUUCUGUUCUCAGAUGUGUCUUCGGAUUCUUCAACCUGCUUUUUGCGAUCGCAGGUCUUGCCGUUAUUAUCGUGACAAUUAUUCUCCAUAUUAGGAUUUCUAAGGUGCAGGAGUUUCAGAAUGUGGAUGCAGUAUACAGCUUGUACGUGAUUGGGUUCAUCACUUUGGGAAUCUCCUUCCUGGGUGCGUAUGGUGCGUUCAGGAAAGUCAAAUGGAUGCUGAUAUUGUUCUUGGUGCUAAUGGUCCUUGGACUUUCCAUCCUGGUUUUCUUUGAAGUUGUCCUUGUCCUGUUCCAACAUUGGGUUCUACAAGUUGUAGAGGAAGCUCUGCAUGGGUUAGCGCCGUUGGAUGCCAUUUCUGAGGAGUCCCAGACACUGUUCGCUAAAUUCCAGCAAGAUGUGGAAUGCUGCGGCCUCUUCAAAGGUUAUGAGGACUGGGGUGAGCAUGUGCCUCCAUCCUGUGACUGCACCUCUGGGGGUCACAACUGCGUAGCUAUGCCACAAAACACUGACGACCAGACUUUACCCUUCCAGCAUGAGAGAUCUGUGUAUAGUCAGACAUGUGGUAGUCUGCUCCUGGAUUGGAUGAAAAUAUUGUACAGUUCAGUAAUGGGCUUUGUCUUUGUCAUGAUUGCUUUGACUGUAAGUGUUUACGUGAUCUUACCUGCUUGCUUGAAGCCAAUGCCUUACCUGUGUAUGUAGUUACUGUACUUUUGCUGGCGUGUGUGUGUGUGUGUGUGUGUGUGUGUGUGUGUGUGUGUGUGUGUGUGUGUGUAUAUACGUGUACCAUAAACAAAUGUGUGGGUGUGUGUCUAUUUAAUGGCUGUAUUAGUAUGUUUCGUUUUAACUGCACAUCGGAGUGUUGUCAAACACAAUUUCAAACAUAUGUGCUAAUACGUCUUAUAUAUUUUGAACAGUAAAGUAGUACACUAUGAUUUUCUAGAUAACAGAAAGAAAUUGUUCAGGCAAAAAUAGUGAUGUUUCGAACUGUAGAGUAUCAAACAGAAAGAACAAAAUCGGUCCAUAGCACAUUAUCCAUUGGGAAGAUGAGCUGUAUCUGAAGAACUGUAGAUAUUGGGCUCAACGUAUAUGGGGCUCGAUGUGUUAGAAAGUACAGGGUUCCUCAAAUAUAUUAGGUUUGAUCCAAGUUUACUGCAAGAUGUUAUCAAUUGAUAUACUGGUACAGCUAAAGGAUAGUUUUACUAACAUGCUGUUUGCUUUCAUUUGCAGUUUUUGGGCGUCGCAUUUUCCAGCUGUUUGGUGGACAACAUCAGGAGACGAGGCUGAGUUGUGCGUGCACCUACUCUGAUGUUCAUGCUAUUAUGUCACGUCUGUCUCCUGGGUGUGUGUAUGAUACCAGUAUGAACUAUUUAGCACCUCAUUCACAGUUUGUACAUUAGUCUAUGAACCGAAUACUAGUGAAGUGAAGUGAAGUGAAAACUCAACUCACUACACCUCACAGCUAGGGUUGUCACGAUUUUGAAUCAUCACCUCAUGGUUAUUAUUAUUAUUAUCAUGGUUUUCAGUGUUUUGAAAAAGUGUGCUGAAUGUGUUCAGAAAGUAGACAUUGACUGUUAUAGUGUGUAUCUGGGUUUUACUACAUAUUAACAUUGAAGACGGCUGAUCCAGUCCAGCAGUUGAAAUUCAGAGAGCAAAGUUUAUUAUUUAGGGAGAGAGAUAGACAGAGACAAAAGGCUCCAGGCCCUCUCCCAAACCCCUCUCUGUCAAACAGGAGAACUAAAACAGUCAAACAGAGCCAGUGCCUAAGUUCAAAAGGUCCUAACUGGAAAUUAUAACAUGUGAGGAGGAUGUCACAGACCGUUUCACACAGUUUUAGGACAUUUUUUGACAGAGGUGGGCGUGUUGACUUGGGCAUGGAUUUACAUUGACUGAACAGAUCAGACGAUGGAGGCUGCACUUGCUAUUUUCAGGUGCUGUUGCGAAAUGCUAUGCAACUUCUAGUCUUUUUUUAGACGGUUAUGGGCUGAAGCUAAUCUGUGGCUCCAUUUCAAACUGAUUCCUCCCGUUCUCUCCUUUUGCCUUUGGCCUCAUGUCCGCCGACGAAGUAUCCCUGUUGUCUGCCUAGGCGAUAUUUUCCCCAUUCAACAUCCCGAUUGCGCUUGCAGAAAAAAGACCUUUGAAUUGUGCUAUUGAGAGUAAAAUCACAAAACCUCAAGCAAAAGAUGAGGGCUCUAAGAAGCUGGUUCAGGAGUAAACUAGGUUAAGAAAAUGAAGACUCCAGGCUCUUCUAUUAGAUGAUUUACCUCUUAACUUAACCUGGUUUACUCCUGAACCAGCUUCUUAGGAUGGGAGGUACACUGGCCCUGAAUCUCAAAUGGCGCACUUGUGCACUUCAGGCACUAUGUUUCAGUGCCUAAUUAAUACGUCAUACGCACUAAAACAUGAACACUGAAGUGCACAUUUGAGAUGUGUGCACACCAUUUGAGAUUCAGAGUGGAUUCCAAUAUGCGACCUUGCGUCCUCCACUUAUGCUUGUGGCCUCGCUCCGCCUCCUGGCCCCUCCUCCGUGGAGAAAACAGUAAAGUUUCCCAGCUGCAGCCUAGUCACAACAGCUUUUGGGGGACUAUUUUUCAUUCACCGUCCAGUUUGCAAAUGAGAAAAUGACUUUACCAUUGAGCUUUUGCGAGAUAUUGAAAUAUAAUGCUGUUGUCAGUGGAGUCAUCAUGAGGUAUUACUUCCUGGUAUGAGGCCACAAGCACAAGUGGAAGACGCAAGGUUGCACAUUGG